UAUCUAUGGUCAGUAUUCUUAUGGAUAUUGUUUCUUUAAGAUGAUUUAACCUAAAUAUUCUGUUUUAAAACAAAAUUUUGUAGUAUUUAAAUGAAUCGUAAGGAGAUAUGUUUAAAAAUACAUUUCAAAGUGGGUUUCUUUCAAUAUUAUAUAGUAUCGGCAGCAAACCACUUCAGUUGUGGGAUAAAAAAGUGAGAAACGGUCAUAUAAAACGAAUUACAGAUGAAGACAUUCAGUCCUUGGUAUUAGAAAUUGUUGGUUCAAAUGUUAGUACUACGUAUAUUACAUGUCCAGCAGAUCCUCGAAAAACAUUAGGAAUACGCUUACCCUACCUUGUUAUGAUAGUAAAAAAUAUGAAAAAAUACUUCACGUUUGAGAUACAGAUCUUAGAUGAUAAAAAUGUUCGAAGGAGGUUCAGGGCAAGCAAUUAUCAAUCAACUACGAGAGUUAAACCAUUUAUCUGCACAAUGCCAAUGAGAUUGGAUGAGGGUUGGAAUCAAAUACAAUUUAAUGUUGCUGAUUUUACUAGACGAGCUUAUGGUACCAACUAUGUGGAAACAUUAAGAGUUCAAGUUCAUGCCAAUUGUCGAAUACGAAGGGUUUACUUCUCUGAGAGACUGUAUUCUGAAGAUGAGUUACCUGCAGAAUUUAAAUUAUUCUUACCUAUUCAAAAUAAGUCAAGAACAGAAAUAAAUUCAAAAAAUCCAUAGCCAGACACAAUUUCUAGAAACUGCUAAAAUAUUUUACUAUUUCUUUUUUUUGAAGAAAUUCCUAAAUAGAUGUAUAUUGCGUCUAAUUUCAAAUUGUACAGGAUGUUUCCAAAAGUUUAUUAAUUUGCUAAAUGUAAUUUUAGAAAAUGCUAAUACGAACAUUUCGGAAUGUAAACUCUUAAUAAUUAGGUAUAAAUUUUCUCUAGUUCUUUUGUCUGUUAUGAAAUUGCCACACUCAAGAUAAUUAUAUUCUUGCAAUCUUUAUGUUGCACACUCAUAUGUAUAUAUUAAAAAUAUAAUAAAUUUUAAACAUGAAGUUUCCAUAGAAACGAUGUUUUCCACAUUUUCAAAUGUAUAUUUAUUGAUUUUCAUUAUGACAAAUAAUAAUAGCAUGUAAUAAAACAUUCAGUUAUAUUAGAGAGAAAACAACGAUAAAAUUUAUCUAUGUACACAUACUACAAUACAUGGAUGUACUGCAAGACUAAAUAAUAAACGCAUUAAUACUUCUUUUA